AUGGCCAAGGGAGAGUGUAGAAAUCGUCACAGUAACCCGCCCGCCAGGACCGGCUGCCAGAGCUGGGCCGCCCCAGGCCUCGGCUGGACGGCGACCGACGAGAGGCUGCAGGGGGGACCUCAGGUGUUCGCUGUCGAGAGCAAUGAGUGCGGUCGCUGCUCUGCGCCAGAGAGGAGCGCAGAAAGGGCUGGGCCAGCAGAGGAGAGCAGUGGAGGCUGUCUUUCUGCAAGAGGAACCCCAGCUGCUCUGUUUCACCAUCAGAGAGGUGAAACACACGAGGGCAAGAAUUUCUCACAUCCCAGAGCUCUUAACGCAGGGCCCGGUCUCCAUGGAGACCCUGUCUGCAAGAUAAAGACGCCAUCAGUCACAGGCUUCCUGAGAUCUCCUCCAGCCAGCGAGAAGACUCCUCCAGCAGAAUCAUCCACCUCUCAAGUGCCAUUAAGAUUGCAGAUCAAAGUGUCUGGCCAAAGCGGUCGUUUGGGGAUCAGCAUCGCCGGUGGGAAAGGUUCUCUGCCUUACAAAGAUCACGACGAGGGCAUUUUUAUUUCCAGAGUAGCUCAAGGAGGGCCAUCCGAAAAGGCUGGGAUCCAUGUUGGGGACAGAUUGCUCGAGGUCAACGGUCUCAGCAUGCAGGGGGCGGCCCACCACGAAGCGGUCGCUGCCCUGAGGAAUGCUGGGAGCUGCAUCAGCCUGAAGGUGCUGAGAGAGAGGCUGCCGCCCCCAGAGCUGGAGGAGGCGGAAACCUGUUUGCCCAAGAAGAUUGAGGCUGUUGUCUGCAACGGGAACAUCACGCUCGACUCAGACAGUGAUCUGAACAGAACCGCGUCUGAGAUCGAAGCUGAGGUGUUAAAGCAGGACUCUCUCAAAGCGGCGACUCACACGAUGACGAUCCCCCGGAUCAUACUCACUCACCCCUCUACCUCAGAUGAAGAUGUGGAGCUCUUGUCACAGUAUCCCAGGAGGCAGCGGCUGCGCGACUGACAAACCAGGCGAAUGUGGGCUGACGUGACAGUGCUCUUUACUGUCCCUGAGCCCAGAUUGGAGCUUUGUGGAUGCAGGACAGAGACCAUUAGUGCUUGCUCUUUUUCAGGGAUAUACAGUGAAGCGCAGGAGUUUACAUACUCUGAUCGUGGGCAUGAGCUCCACAUUCAUUUUAGGCUUUCAAAGAUUUAUUUAAGACAUUUUUUUCUUUAAACGUGGAGACUAAAAACACAAAAUACAAACUCUCAGAUCUUAAGAACAAAAAUUUAAUGCGGAUGUUUAGAUCUAUAGUAGAUUUCCUUCAGCCCAGGUUCAAAUAAAUACAUACAUCCCUGUCAAUGACUGGCUAAAUGUCCCUUAGCAAGAAAUAUCUGAACCCCACAGUUUUUGUAGCCAUCAACAAAGACCUAAAAUCCUUCUGGGUGGAUGUUUGACCACUCUUCUUGGCAUAAUUGGCAGAGGUCAUUUAAAUGAAUUGGUUUUCUGGCAUGGACCAAGAAUUUGACCACAACACUCAAUGUUACUCUGCUUUGUCUAUUCUGAAACCAGUCCAUAUCUAUUUUUAGGGUCAAAAACCCAAGUAUGCCCAAGUUUCAACCAUCUAGCCAUCAAGAAGUGAAACAGACGCUUAGCAUGAUACCACCGCCACCAUGUUGACCCCCCUCCAAUUACAUUUCUUGUCAUCACCGCUAAACAGCUCAACCUUGUCUGACCACACGAUUUUCAGAUGAACGAAGGAAAUUGUGCACAUGAUUCAGCUUAUUUGCAUGGGUUUGAUCCUGGGUUUAGCAGAUAAUAGUUGCGAUAAAUUUAAACAAUUUUCAUCUUUAGAAGUUUUUAAAUUUAAACAAUUUUCAUCGUUAGAAGUUUUUAAAUUGUACUUUUGUAUCACCAUUAUAUCUUGUAAUACAACACAAUAAAAAGCAUCAUUAAAAGCCCAAAAUAAAUGCAACAUUCAUGGCCAUUUUCAGCAUAUGUAAACUUCAGACCAACACUGUAAGGAUUAUUGUAAAACAAAACGUGGAAUGUAUUUCUAGUGAUAACCUUGAUUGCUGCUGUUAGAGUUGAAUUUGGAUCUUUUGCAAAAUGAGGAAAACCACUUUUUUUUUAAAUAGAAAUAAUUCAUGAAAGUAAAAGCACUUGUCAGUUUACCAAAAACCCUUAAACAUUGACUGAUUUGCAGUCUCCUCGUUAUAGUGCUCUGUGUAGGUUUUUAGGUACCUCUCACUUACCUAAGUGUUUCUACCUUUGACAGUGUGAAGCUUUUAGCCUUUUUCUGAUCUAUACCGAGAUGAAAUAACUCAUGAAUGAAGAGACUGAAGAGCUGGAAGUCUGAUCUUACUGAGGCAUUACUUUCCAUCUUCACAGGCUGUCAAUGUACGAUGAACGACGGCUCAUGAGAAUAAACACAGUGCAGAAAAAGAUAAUAAAAGAGCUUUUAACUCACUUCAAAAGCCAAUGAUAUGCAAAAUGUGGCGCAUACUUACUUUAUGUUAGACAUUUUAUAUUCUCACAGUGUUAAAAGGGAACUUUUUUUCUUAAUAAAUUGCAACUAUUUUGGUCCAACU